AUGGCUUCCACUCGCUCCCUCGGCCUCCACGAACCCUCCGCCCUCUCCUACUUGGUAUUGGAAGGGAUACUACCCUCAGAACCCUCAAGAAGUCAAUAUCAAUGGACGACAUGUGUGGAUGAGAGCGGGUUGACAGGCCCCGCAGAUGAUGAGCUAGUAUGGACAAAACACUGCGCAGUAUGGUCUCGCGCAGGGAUGGUGAAGAGGGUCUUUCGAAUGGAUCCAGAAAAGGAGGAUAUUAGACAUGCACUGUUUACUCAAUUUGCGUCUCGCCAAGGUGAACGGCCUUCGAGCAAUACUGGGUUCAACCAACCUCGCACGCCCACAACCGCAAAUGUACACGGAGGACAAGCCAAGCGGUCCGGAAAUGACUCAAAGAAUGCCAAUUUGGGGUCUACAUUGAAUAUUUAUGGGGAUGAUCCAGUGGCAGUUGUCGCGCCGCCGCAAACCCAAGACAAAUUGGCGAGAGCAAUGGUCGUUGUGCUGAAGUCACAGGCCCAUAUCUUCUUCAUUGCUGGAAACAGCCAUAUCAUUCCUCUUCCAUUCGAGGUCGAGUCUGUUUUUUCGACUCCUUGUGGACUUUUGUUUCAAAGAAAAGUCAAUGACAAUAAUGUGGAAGCUCAGCCCCAAAUGGCACCACCAAAUUCAUUCAUGACCACUUCGUUCUUCGACCCUGGCGCUUCACAAUCGGGCUUCCUGCGACCGCCCAGCUCUGGCAAUGGCAAGGAACCGAUUCUGAAGCUAUCUCUUCCCAAGAAGCCCACAGUGCCUACAAAUUCCAACCCAAACGCGGAUAUUCCGCGGGUCUUCUCCCUCAUUGACCCUCAUUCUGAAAUGGGACUGGUUGUCACUUCACAGUCCUCUCGCUGGCUACAUGGAAGUAUUAGCAGCACUAAGCGAAAACCAUCGGGACUGGAAGUAUUGGACCCGGGUGAUGAAAUCGUUUACAUCUCCCCCAAGGAUGAACUUUCCGGCUUGAACCAGGUUCCAGCAAACCCAUUGAUCUUGGUCGUCACAACAAACUCGACCACUGGACUCUUUACAGUCUGGACAGCCCGUUACAGAGAGGAUGAGAGCAGUAGUGCAACAAAGGAUAAGACAAGGCGACAGACCGAAGGCGCCAGAUCCAACAGGCGAAGCUCACAUUUCGGCAUGACACCUGGUGCCGCGACUCCAGGUGCCCGUACUAGGGAAAGUUUUGGGCCUUGGACGGAAAAUUGGAAUACAUCUCAAGCAACUGACCCCAAACCUGGCGGCGAGGAAGAUCUGGCUUCACGCGUUGCACAAGACUUUGGCGACGUUGGAGUCCCUCUAAAAACCUCCAGACGAGUCAGCUCAUUACUAGCACGAACUGACUUGGCCACCAGUCAGGACCGUAUCACAUUCUCGGACCUAGCAACAGGUAGUCAAACUAGCACUAUGCAUCAUCAUGGUGGACUGAGACAAUCCAUUGGAGCUGCCAGUUUGCGCGGAAGCUUUGGAUUCAACCCCCGUGCGUCAUUGCCCCCAGCAAUGGGCUCGGUGUAUAGCACUGCAGGCAGCUUUGUGGACGCCCCAGUGGAUAGACUUCUCGAGGAACUUAAUAAUGAUGUUCUAUCCGAGGGAUUUGGUCACAUUGCGCUCCGUGAAUCAGCAUCAGGCCUUCCUGAAGAGCUUUUGCUCACCAAGGUCGAGAGUUUCCCAUCCAGAUUUGCCGGUAGUUUCCAAAACCCUACCCAACAGCAAGCAGCAAAGCGUCACUUGAAGGUUUGCACACUGUCCUCAUCCGACUAUGCAAGCACGGAAAAUGGGAAUGCUACCUCCGUAGCCAUUUGCAUUCUUGACAAAGAUUCACAAACCAUGAGCGUUGUCAAUUUACGUGCAGAGCGUGUGGCAGUGUCGAAGAAUCGCAAGGUUGGAUCUGCAAGUUCCAAGAAGGCUAAAAAUUCCGAGAGACGACCUUUGCUGGUGCACGCAACGGGUAUCCAACAUGUCCCAAAUGUUGGAGAUGUGUGUAGAGUCACCGAUGGCGAUAUCUCACGAAUUCUCACUUUGAGUGUAUCCGAUGCCGGACACCGCGAACUCUCCCUGCAGACUCUUUGGGGCAGCCCUACAAAGAUCGACGUUCCCGCUCCAUUGCAACUGUACGAGCCUGACGGAAUUUCUGCCAACAAACCCGUGAGCCGCUCACGAGAGAGUGGUCUGCACCGAGUCAUGGCUGAUCCCGAUCUCGUUUUCGUGGAUUUCGAUCAUGCAUGCUCCAAAGGGAAAGUCGAUCUCGUCGACACAGAGAAACGGCGGCACAGACUUCAAAUCCGAAUGGAGCCUCGCAAUCAUCUGGUAAAGAAAGUCUUACAAGUUUGCAAGUUUGUUCUCCGUGAUUCAGAAAAGGCAGGAGACGGAAUGCUCGUUGGCUGGUGGGAGGUCAUGAAAUGGCUUCGAGGCAAAGAAGAUAUUGGGAGUGACCUUGAAUGGACCGCAAUGGUCAUCGUUUUGUUUUCAUUGGCUUUGCCGUUUAUCAAACAGCCUGAUACUCGGACAUCAGCCAAACGAACACGCCGAAAGAAAAGCCUCCUCCGAUCAAGCAGUGGAUCUCAUGUGGAUUUGGAGAGCUGGGAAUCCAUGCUCGACCUUGAAUCAGGGGCUUCCGGCGUUGUUGCUCCGUGGAUGGCAAACUCCUCUUGGGGUUGGAUUGUUGAGCAAGAUGCUAUGGAGAACCCAAGCAAUCAAGAACCAUCACGAGUUCCUAAGAAUCAACAACUGAAUGCGAGUCGGUCUACAUAUCGCCCAAAUUCCUAUUUGCAAAAAUGUGCCUCCUUAUGCCGUGAUUUCCUCCAGAGCCCACAAGGAUCCAGAGCAACAGGCCCCGACGGUUUCUUACCUGUUUCUGGCGCCUUCUCUGAAAACACAAGGUGUACUGCGCUGGGUACUAUACUAGUUGGUCUACAUCUCCUCCGAGAGGAACAGAAACUUUCUAUCUGUGACACGGAGGAAUCUCAACGCCCCCUUGGACUACUUGCUCCUGUCCUAGCCCAGCUUGGCGGCUGGCUAGGCUGGCAAUCGUGGAAAUGGGGGCCAGAUGCGUACUUUGGUACUGAGAUCGCCAGCAUAGAGCGCUGGCAGUUUGAUGAAACUCGAAUUGACUCAGUCAACACACCUGCUGAACCGUUUCCUCCUCCAUCAAUUUUCGCUUUCCUCAUAGACGCUGCUCAUCAGACAGCCACCACCUCUACUACCUCUUUUUUGACCCUAAUUGAUAUUGUCAAUGCAUCUGACCGAGCUCUCAGAAAGGGGCGAGUAUGGAAAGAGUGUUUCAAUAUUACUCCUCGAACAUUAUCUAUGGUUGGAUUUCUUUCUGAAGCCUACAAGGUCUCAACUCCGCUGGAAAAGAUCAAACUUUUAUACCGGUGGGGGUUCACAAAGAGUAUCAUUGACACUUUCCCCGAAGGUGUGAGUGCACCGCUAUACGAAACCGUGAUGCGAUGCCAAAUCGAAGCCUCGACCUCAUGGAAUGCCACACUGCUGGAACUGAUUGAUCGGGAGGACCUCUACAUGUCUAUGAACCCACUUCCAACCCACUCAUUCACACCACCUCCGCAACCAGUAGUAUCGCAUGAAGCUAUUCGAGACUUCCAUCAUAUCAGCAGUUCAGCCUUGGAAAUUGAUGCCAUCAACGCCUUUGAGGCAUCUGCAGAAGCUGACCGUUUCUCUGUGACUCGUCUGGUAUUCCGGGAAGAUAAACGUUUCUUAGAAGCAGCUAGACUUCUCAAUCAGUCGAAAGCACCUGUGGCGGACUGUUUUCCCGAGCCUGGCUGGUCUGACUCCGAUCUACUCGAUGCACAAAAAGAAAUCGUGCAGCUCGUCUCCUUCCGAACCUUGUCAACCCCUGCUGGUCGUGCCAUGCUUUCUUUUAGUGGUCGACUGCCCCUGUUGACAGAAAAAUUGCCAAUCCCGUCCUUCUCGCUGCAGUGCGUCAUGAAGCCAUCCAAUGUCACUGUAAGUGCCGAAAGAUCUGCUUUCACCGAGGAAAAGGUCUGCUGGGCGUUCUUCCAUAAUGGCGUGUCCACGGGCCUUGCGAUCUCCAGGGCUUCCAAGGGCAUCGAUACUUCAUGGAUUCUGUUCAACAAGCCCCAAGAGCUGACAAACCGUCAUGCUGGCUUCCUACUGGCUCUUGGCCUGAAUGGUCAUCUAAAGUCUCUCGCAAAGUGGGUUGCUUUCAAGUACUUGACUCCUAAACAUACCAUGACCUCCAUCGGUCUUUUACUUGGUCUUUCAGCGUCUUAUAUCGGUACCAUGGACACAUUGAUCACUCGAUUACUCUCGGUUCACGUUACAAGAAUGCUGCCCAUUGGAGCUGCGGAACUUAAUUUGUCGCCUCUCACGCAGACCGCUGGCAUCAUGGGUAUUGGUUUAAUUUACUGUGGUUCCCAGCACCGCCGGAUGAGCGAGGUCAUGUUGUCUGAAAUCGAGAACGUUGACCAGGAUGAGCAUUCGGCCACUCAAGAAGACCUGCGAGAUGAAGGAUACCGUCUGGGUGCCGGGUUUGCGCUUGGUCUGAUCAACCUUGGCAAGGGCAAAGACUUGAGGGGAAUGCGUGAUAUGCACAUUGUGGAACGCUUGCUCGCAAUCGCUGUUGGCACCAAGAAUGUUGACCUUUCACAUGUCCUCGAUCGUGCAACAGCAGGAGCGACAGUGGCGAUAGCGAUCAUUUUCAUGAAGACCAACGAUGCGACCUUGGCCAAGAAGAUUGAUAUCCCUGAUACCACUGUGCGGUUUGACUAUGUUCGGCCAGAUCUCUUCCUUUUACGCACACUUGCGCGACAUCUCAUCAUGUGGGAUAGCAUCAAGCCGAGUGUAGUAUGGUACAAGGAAAGUCUGCCAAAGGUCUACAGAAAACGGUAUCGCCUUACCUGUGUCGCCCAUCUUCGCAGUGAAGACAUGCCUUUCUUUAACAUUAUUGCUGGACUUUGCUUGGCCCUCGCCCUUCGCUAUGCCGGCUCUGGAGAUUGUAACGCAAGAGAUAUGCUACUGUACUACCUGGACCAGUUCAUUCGAAUCUCACGACUUCCUGCUGUGAGCUACGAUGGCAAACUCGCGCGUAAUUCGGUUCGCAAUUGUCAGGAUGUGGUAGCCCUCUGUGCUGCGGCUGUCAUGGCCGGUACCGGCGACUUGCAUUUGUUUCGGCGUCUGCGAUCUCUUCACGGGAGAAUAGAUGCUGACACGCCUUAUGGUAGCCACAUGGCAGCGCAUAUGGCAAUUGGCAUGCUGUUCCUCGGUGGAGGUAGCUAUACGCUUGGUACCUCGGACUUGGCCGUGGCGUCGCUUCUUUGUGCUUUUUACCCCGUCUUCCCAACAAGCGUGCUUGACAACAAAUGCCAUCUUCAAGCCUUCCGCCACCUUUGGGUCCUUGCUGCAGAGCCGCGUUGUCUUGUCCCUCGAGAUCUCGAUACUCGGCGUCCGAUUUCUGCCCCGAUCAUCAUUACAUCUCAUCAUAGCCCCAUCACUACCGACAAUGCCCCCUGUAUUCUGCCAGAUACCAAUGAAAUUGUGCGCAUCGAAGUCCGCAGCCCAGAUCACUGGCCCCUCGUCCUUGACUUUAGUCAAGAUGACGCUCUUCGUGAUAAGUUCCGCCGCGGAGAUCCAUCUGUUUACCUCCGUCGCAAAGCCACAUACAACCCCUCUGACGCUUCAACCUCUGUCUUCGCAUCUACUCUGACCGGUCUGAGCGAGGCCCAAGAUAUUCUGCCUGGCUAUGCAGUCACGGCGACCUCUCAUCCCGCUAAAAGCUUGCCACCAUCUAUCCUACAAAACCGUUCCACGUUACCGACAGGAUCAUUGUCAAUGUCUACUGCACCUUCUCAAACGCCAUGGGACUGGGUCUUCCAGCUUCCAUCUCUUCGAGGUCUUGACAUCCGUGAACGCUCACUGGUUCUACCAUCUUCCUUCCCAACUCCAUCCCCUCGUAUCUCUACUGAGCUGGUUACAUCUCCUCCCUGGCUCCGUACAUCUGCUGUUGAUGCCCGUCUUGCCUUGUCACACACCGUACGAAAUAUCGUCCAAUCCGCACGUGGUCGUGGUGCAGAACCAGAUCAAGUUCGUGAUCAUAUCUGGCAACUCCGACUUCUAUUCGAGUGGUUAGAUCGUUCGCAGACUGAUGGAAAAGAGAGUCAUCUUGAUCCUUUCCAAAAUCCGGUCCAGACAGAGGCAUCUGGUCUCUGGUUGCGGAGGGACUUCAUCGAAGAUGCUAGAUGGCAGAUCUGGGGUGUACGGGUGGAAGAUCCAGGUGUGUCUGGUGGUGAAUAA